UCUGAACCUUCUUUUAUUGCUAAAAGUGAAGAUCGUUUGUUUAAACAUUUAUUUGAAGACUAUCAAAGAUGGGUUCGUCCAGUGGAACGCUUGAAUGACACAGUAAAAAUAAAGUUUGGCCUUGCAAUCUCUCAGCUAGUAGAUGUGGAUGAGAAAAAUCAGUUGAUGACAACAAAUGUCUGGUUGAAACAGGAAUGGAUAGAUGUAAAAUUAAGGUGGAAUCCUGAAGACUAUGCUGGAAUCACAUCUAUUCGUGUCCCAUCGGAUUCUAUUUGGAUUCCAGAUAUCGUGUUGUAUGACAAUGCAGAUGGACGGUUUGAGGGAACAUCUACAAAAACUGUGGUAAAAUAUGAUGGCACCAUUGCUUGGACUCCACCAGCAAACUACAAAAGUUCUUGUACUAUUGAUGUAACCUUCUUCCCCUUUGACCUCCAAAAUUGCUCUAUGAAGUUUGGUUCCUGGACUUAUGAUGGCUCACAGGUUGAUAUAAUUCUUGAAGAUUAUGAUGUUGACAAAAGAGACUUUUUUGAUAAUGGAGAAUGGGAAAUAGUGACUGCAACAGGGAGCAAAGGAAAUAGGACUGAUGGAUGCUGCUGGUAUCCUUUUGUUACAUAUUCAUUUAUAAUUAGACGUUUGCCACUUUUUUACACGUUGUUUCUCAUUAUUCCUUGUAUUGGGCUUUCAUUUCUAACUGUCCUUGUCUUCUAUCUUCCGUCAAAUGAAGGUGAAAAAAUUUCACUUUGCACUUCAGUACUGGUAUCUUUGACUGUUUUUCUUCUUGUUAUUGAAGAGAUUAUUCCAUCAUCUUCUAAAGUUAUCCCACUUAUAGGAGAGUACUUGGUGUUUACUAUGAUAUUUGUGACAUUGUCCAUUGUGAUAACUGUCUUUGCUAUCAAUAUUCAUCAUCGCUCUUCAUCUACACACAAUGCUAUGGCACCUUGGGUUCGCAAGAUAUUUCUUCACAAACUUCCCAAGCUGCUUUGCAUGAGAAGUCACGUAGAUAGAUACUUUGCUCAGAAGGAGGAAACAGGCAAUAUGAAUGGAUCAGAAUCAUCUAGGAACACUUUGGAAGCAGCUCUAGAUUCUAUCCGAUACAUUACAAGACAUGUUAUGAAGGAGAAUGAAGUUCGCGAGGUUGUUGAGGACUGGAAAUUUAUUGCUCAGGUGCUUGAUCGAAUGUUCUUAUGGACUUUUCUUCUGGUUUCAAUAAUUGGAUCACUUGUGUUAUUUAUUCCUGUUAUUCAUAAAUGGGCAAGUAUAAUAGUACCUACGCAUAUAGGCAGUACAAAUGCAUAA